AUGUCUGUUAUAGGCUUUAAAAACACCGAUGAGAAAGUAUCUUUAAAUCACAGGAUUGAGAAGGAGGAAACUGUAAGCCAUAUUGGUUAUUUCUCUUCAUCAUACUCUGUGAAAAAAAUUCAGCUUGGAAUCUGUUUGCUUCUAGUGGAGCUGUGUGAGAGGUUCACUUUCUUUGAAGUUGUCUGCAAUAUGAUCCCCUUUUGCACCGUCAAGCUUGGCUACCACAAUUAUCAGGCCGCCAUUUUGAACCUGUGUUUUAUUGGGACAUCAAUCCUUACCCCUGUGUUUGCAGGAUGGCUUGCUGACAUCUGCCUGGGAAGAAACAAACUGGUCUAUAUUUGCUUAUUUCUGCAUUUCCUAGGAACUGCUUUGUUAUCUGUGGCUGCUUUUCCCUUGGAGGAUUUCUACAUAGGCACUCACCAUAUGAUUAACAACAUACCAAAAAAGGAGCAGAACAGGCUGUUUCACGUAGCCCUUGUGGCCCUCUGCCUUGGCACAGGAGGAGUAAGAGCCAUUGUCUGUCCACUGGGGGCUUAUCGUCUUCAGGAGUAUGGACCCCAGAAUCGAAUGUCUGUUUUUAACUGGUUUUACUGGAUCAUGAAUCUAAAUGCAACUAUUGUCUUUCUGGGAAUAUCUUACAUCCAGCACACAGGGGCCUGGACCCUGGUUUUACUUGCUCCUUUUAUGUCUACACUUAUGGCUUUGAUAAGUCUUCAUAUGAUACACUAUAACUUGAUUUAUAAGCCAGAAAAAUGUUGCUCCCUCCUGACAGCCUUUGGGGUGUUUGUGAAUGCACUGAAAACAUGCUGUCUGCGGUAUUGCCAUCUUGGCGGAGGUGUGACAAGCUGGCUAGACCAUGCCAAGGAAAAAAACGGUGGCUGCUACAGUGAGCUCCAUGUGGAAGAUACAAAAUUUUUCUUCACCCUUCUCCCUCUCUUCAUUUUUCAGCUCCUCUACAGAAUGUGCAUUAUGCAGAUUCCUUCAGGAUAUUAUCUGCAGACCAUGAACUCCAACCUGAAUUUGGGUGGAUUUCUUCUGCCAGUUUCUGUCAUGAAUGUCAUCAGCAUCCUGCCACUACUGAUUCUGGCUCCUUUUAUGGAGUAUUUCAGCACCUGCCUAUUUCCCUCCAAGAGAGAUGGCCCAUUUCUGCCAGCAUGCAUUAUUGCUGGCAAUCUUUCUGCAGCACUGUCUGUGAUGGUAGCUGGCUUCUUUGAAAUACACAGAAAGCACUUCCCUCCAGUGGAGCAGCCUCUUUCAGGCAAAGUUCUCACCGUUUCUUCCAUGCCCUGUUUCCACCUGGUUCUUCAAUACGUUUUACUUGGAGUGGCUGAAACCAUGGUCCACCCAGCUUUCUCUGUAAUAUCAUACAGAUUUGUUCCAAGUACCAUCAGAGGAACAUUAAUGAAUUUUUUGACACUGUUCAACGGAUUUGGUUGUUUCAUGGGGGCACUGCUGGUGGAGCUGGUCUACCUCAUCUCAGAAGGCAAUUGGUUUCCAAACACAUUAAACAAAGGCAAUUUAGAAAGCUUCUUCUUCUUCUUGGCAUCAUUAACGUUGUUGAACGUCCUGGGAUUCUGGAGUGUUUCACAAAGAUACUGUAAUCUAAAUCAUUUUAAUGCCCAGCACAUCAGUGGAAGUAAUCUUGAAGAAACACUUCCCCUCCAUGAAAAGUCUCUGAAAUUUUAUGGCAGUACACGGGAAUUUUCUUCAAGUAUUGAUCUUUGGGAAACAGCCCUGUGAAACUCUAUUUGACUCAACCUGUCUUAUGAGAAGAGUAUUCACUGUUUCCUUCAGCUGGACACUAUGCAUUUUAGUUUAAGAGCUUCAGAAACGAGUCUGACUAGCAUCUGUGAGGACGCAGGUUCUAUCCCUGGCAUUGCUCAGUGGGUUAAGGAUCUGGCAUUGCAGUGAGCUGUAGCAUAGGUCACAGAUGUGGCUCAGAACUCACGUUGCUGUGGCUGUGGUGUAGGCUGGCAGCUACAGCUCCGAUUGGACCCCUAGCCUAGGAACCUCCACAUGCUGCUGGAGCAGCCCUAAAAAGACAAAAAAAAAAAAAAAAAAAAAAAAAAAAAGAGCUAAAAUGUAUGGGAGUGGCCUUUUGAAAAUUAUGUGUCCUUUAUUUACAAAGGCUAAUUAUGAGUCCUCUAGUAAACUAGAAUGCUUUGCAUUAACAUGUUAUGCAUUUGAAUUAAUUUACUAGUAAUUAAGUAAAUUUCAAAGUCUAAAUGACUACUCUAUGACAAUAAAAAUUAGCAUUUCUUAUACAUCACAAUAGUUUAUAACUAUUUACCAUGGCUCGGCUAUUAAAGCCAAUGUAUAUGACAUUUUUUAGUUUCACUAUAUCCUUAAAUAACAGUAUGUUAAUAUUCUUUCUUUCAAUACAUUUAUUGAGCACAUAUUACAUGCCAGACAGGGUGGUCAUCUCCUGUCUAUGUCAGAGUAAAUGAUAAACCAAUACAUAACAUUACUAUAUUUCAUCUAGAUAUUACACUAUCAAAUUAUGAAUUAACGAAAUUUUCUCUGAAUUAAAAAGCAAUCUUACUAAAAUAGAGGUCCUCACAAAAGAGAAUAUUCACAUACUGAAGAAAUUGUAAAGUAAAUGUAAAUGAUGGAAUAUUUGAGAUUAAAGAAAGAAGAAUAUUGGGGAAAGUUAAAAUAAGUGCUGGGAGGGGGACAAGUGAUCAAAUCAGAGAUGCUUACAGAGAUUCCUUAGACAUCCUUUGGUCUCCACUGCCACCAGCUCAGACACCCUCAAGAAAUGGUCUUCUAAAAGAGAUUUUUCCUGUAUAAGCAAAGAAAUGUGGGAAAGCUCAUUUUAAAAAGUCAAAUACAACUAAUGCCUCAUACCUUAGUUGUAGCUGUGCUUGUCAAGUUUUAUUGAGGACCACCUGCUUCAGGCAAAUCUUUCUAGCCCCUACCACAGACUGCUUUAACCCAAAUAUUUUUCAGGAGUUCCCAAGUGGCUUAGGUUGAGGACCCGAGGUAGUCUCCGUGAUGAUGCGGAUUAAGAAUACAGCAUUGCUGAAAGCUACAGCAUAGGCCAGUCGCUGCAGCUCAGAUUUGACCCCUAGCCCUGGAACUUCCAAAUGCCAUAGGUGUAGCCGUAAAAAAGAAGAAAAAAAAACUUUUUUUCCAGAAAUCAGUAGUUCUGACAAACACACCCAAAUCAUUCUUAUGCUCCCUAAAAUUUGAGUGCUACUGCAUUUAACAAGCUGGAUAGGAGAGGUGGGUUUAUCAGUUGAUUGCAAGUGAUUCUGCAAUUAAGCAUUUCCCUUGUGUAUACCUAAAAUAUUUUAGAUCUGUAGAAUAAAAGAUUUA